CAGCAUCCUUUGCACUAGAUCCUCCAUUCCUCUUCUGCUCUAAACACUACACACAGCAUCUCACUAAAGCACACAAUGCGACUGAGAAAGUUUAGAUUCACACGCAGCCUAACCGUGAGAUCUGGGAAGAGAGCGUACACCCAUCACCAGAGACAAGGGCAUCUCGACUUUCAUUGAUCUACAAACAGAUGUCCUGGAGAACCUGAACUGAGAAUCAUCCACGCUUUAUUAAUGUCAGACGCAGUGCGGCGAUGACCCACACAGACAGAAGGUCAAGACUGGGAAAGCGGAUCUCAGCAAAAACACAAGUCAAUGAAGCUUCGAGACGCAUCUGAGAGAGAAAACAUGAGUCACACACACAGUAAAGAGAAGGUAGAAUUGGGAAAAAUAUAUCAAGAAAGAGCAAUGCUUCCAAACAAAACCAAACCAGCCUUGAGAUGGCUGGUAUGAGUUCAUUGAAGCGAUGGUCUUGAAAUAACUUCACGUGAUUGGCCCGUGGGCUGAUUGACAGGUGAUCCGAGAUGCCAUCGAAGGUGUCGUGUUUUUACAUGUUGACCGUGGUGUGCUGGGCCAGCGCUCUGUGGUAUCUCAGCGGCCCGCGGCCCUCGACCGCCUACGUGGGUCAGAUUACCUUCACGGUGCGCAAGCCGCCGGCCAGGCCCCUGAAGAACGAUACGCUCAGCAACAUCCGCACACGUUCCCUCAAUCCGCACAAUUUCAAGUUCCUCAUCAACGAGGCCAAGAAAUGCGAGGGCACGCCGCCCUUCCUCGUCCUCCUCAUCAGCACCAACCACAAGGAGUUUAACGCCCGGCAGGCCAUCCGUGAGACGUGGGGAGACGAGAACACGUUCGGAGACGUUCGCAUUUUGACGCUGUUCCUCUUGGGCUUCAACACGGAGCCGGUCCUCAACCAGAUGGUGGAACAGGAGAGUCAGAUCUUCCACGACAUCCUGGUGGAGGACUUUGUGGAUUCCUACCACAAUUUGACCUUGAAGACCCUCAUGGGCAUGCGCUGGGUGUCCACGUACUGCUCCGACGCUCGCUACGUCAUGAAAACCGACAGCGACAUAUUCAUCAACAUGGACAAUUUGGUGUUCAACCUUCUCAGGCCUAAUGCCAAGCCGCGGCGCCGCUUUUUCACAGGUCGCGUGAUAAACGGAGGACCCAUACGGGACGCCCGCAACAAGUGGUUUAUGUCCAGAGAGCUCUAUCCUGACAGCAGGUACCCGCCGUUCUGUUCCGGCACCGGAUACGUGUUCUCUGGAGACGUGGCCGAGCUGGUGUACAAGGCGUCGCUCCAUACGAGACUCCUGCACCUGGAAGACGUGUACGUGGGAUUGUGUCUGCGCAAACUGGGCAUUCAUCUCUUCCAGAACACCGGAUUUAACCACUUUAAGAUGACGUACAGUCUGUGCCGCUACAGAAAAGUGUUGACUGUACAUCAGAUCUCACCGGAGGAGAUCCUUCGAAUAUGGAACGAUAUGUCCAACAAGAAAAACCUGAAAUGCUAACAAGGUGGUUUUGACAUGCUGUCGUAGUUUCAUUCCAAAACUUUGGACACAUGUUGCAGAAAAUACUUCUUCAUAUUAACCGGAUCGUAUCACACACAAACACACACACAAAGAUAAGUUAAUCCAUGAUUCCAGACAUACAGAUGAUGUAAAAGUAGGAAAAAGGCUUUUUUUAGGUCUCAACAACAUUAUUAUUUAUCUAUUGAACUGCUAUGAAUGUACAAUAUAUGCUGUGUAUAACUAAAGUAACAACUUUCAAGAUACAUAAUAUUAUAUGUGAAGUAUUUACUAUCCCAAAUGUCUGCCAUAACCACAAUUAAUCCUGUAUGUCUCAUAUUUAGAUUAAUUUAUAUUUAUGUGUAGUUUCAGCUUUUGCAAAACACAAGACUUCAGUUAUGGAACUGCACAUAGAAAUAUUAUUCUUCUGUUGAGAAGGGUGC